UUAUGCAAUUCAUCAUGUUCUAUGGCAUGCACACAAUAGUCCAUGCAGACUUGAUGCAUGAUGGGAGACCUAUUUUGAGGGGGUUGGUGCUGACAGAGCAGUGCUAGUACCUGCUUUGCUCCAUUCAUUCAUAAAGAACAUUUGGUGGAUGGCUGCAUGCAUGGCUCCCCAUUCAUAGGCUGCAGAACACACAGACACAGCUGUUUUUGUUUUCAAAACCAGCUGAUAAUUGAAAGCAGAGGUCUCAGACACGCGGCCCGUGGGCCAAUUGCGGCCCACAAGAUGCUAUUUUGCGGCCCCCACCUUAAUAUGAAAGUUUAUUGAUAGUGUAUGAAUGGCACUUGACAGCGUUGUUUGCGGAGCUGUAGGAAUCUACCAAUCACGGUGUGGUAUGUGGCUCUCGAGGGCCGAACAUUGACGUCACUUGCGUGAUGCAAGCAGAGAAAUUCCCCCCGUCCCUCCCAUUUGUCUCCAGACAGAGACGAUUUUUGUUAUUUGGGUCCAAAAUGGCUCUUUCAAUGUUCUGGGUUGCCUACCCCUGCAUUAGUGGAAAAGCGGCAAAUGAGUGAAAGCAACAGCGACGUUGCCAUGGCGACGAGGGUUUUCUAACGCGCCUGGCUGUCCGUCAGUAAUAACAUUCCUCGAUGACCUGGAACAAUUCAAACCGUUGUUUGUUUGUUUUUUUUGCAUUGCCUCACAUUUCUUCAUCCUCAUUUUGUUCAUGUAUAUUUUGAUAUUAUUUUGUGUUGAAAAUAAAAAUAAAGACAUUUAAAAAUAUUUUUUUAAGAAUUUUUUUCUUGCGGCCCGGCCUCACCCAGACUCUGCAUCCAGUGGCCCCCAGGUUGUAUCACCUGCUCUCCAAACACCAUCCACCCUAACCUGGGUUGGGGAAACCCCUGAUGAGUGGGACCUGUAUCCAUGAGCCCCGUGCCCCUUCCCCCUCCCUGUCAGGCUUCAGCACCCCGGUAUCAGAACCCCCCUAUCGAAGACUCGAUGCCGACACCCCCGCCUGCACCCCGGAAACGGACCUGACCCCAACACAGUGUGUCCUCCGAAACGUGCUAUCCAUUGACACCGGUGGCUUGGGGGCCCUGGGUGGCAGCAGUCCCACUCCCAGUGAUGGACCUUCGGGGCACUUUGACAACAGCGUGCUAAAACUACAUGAACAUGACACCUGCCAGUGUGGCGCAGGGGCCGAGGCGGGCCACAGCCCAGAAGCUGGUGCUCUCCGGAACCAUUCGGAGAACAUUCGGCUACAAUCGGGGUCUGGAGGAUUUUUGGAGGGACUGUUUGGCUGCCUAAAGCCUGUCUGGACCAUGAUCGGAAAGGCCUACUCCACUGAACACAAGCAUAGCCAUGAAGAGAGUUGGGAGGUUCCGUUUGAAGAGAUCUCCGACCUGCAGUGGGUUGGCAGUGGAGCACAGGGGGCUGUCUUCCUUGGCAAGUUCCACGGAGACGACGUGGCCGUGAAGAAAGUGCGAGACAUCAAGGAGACGGAAAUCAAACACCUCCGCAAACUCAAGCACCCCAACAUCAUCACUUUCAAGGGUGUGUGCACCCAGGCCCCUUGUUACUGCAUUUUGAUGGAAUACUGUGCCCAAGGCCAACUGUACGAGGUGCUGAGGGCAGGCCGGAAAAUCACCCCCUCGCUAAUGGUUGACUGGUCCAUGGGCAUUGCAGGAGGCAUGAACUACCUACACCUUCAUAAGAUCAUACACCGAGACCUCAAGUCCCCCAACAUGCUGAUCACGCAUGAUGACCUUGUGAAGAUCUCGGACUUUGGAACCUCAAAGGAGCUCAGUGACAAAAGUACCAAAAUGUCCUUUGCAGGCACCGUUGCCUGGAUGGCACCCGAAGUCAUUCGGAACGAGCCGGUGUCAGAAAAGGUGGACAUCUGGUCAUUUGGAGUGGUACUGUGGGAGAUGCUGACUGGUGAGAUCCCUUACAAAGAUGUGGAUUCAUCUGCUAUCAUCUGGGGAGUGGGAAACAACAGCCUCCAGCUGCCCAUACCCGAGAGCUGUCCUGAUGGCUUCAAGAUCCUGCUCAGACAAUGCUGGAACUGUAAACCCAGGAAUAGGCCUUCUUUCCGUCAAAUCCUUCUUCAUCUAGACAUAGCAUCGGCUGACGUUCUGUCCACUCCCCAGGAGACAUACUUCAAAUCGCAGGCUGAAUGGCGAGAGGAGGUGAAACAGCACUUUGAGAAGAUCAAAUCUGAGGGCACUUGUCUGCACCGACUCGAUGAAGAGCUGAUCAACCGACGCAGAGAAGAGCUCAGACAUGCUUUAGACAUUCGUGAGCACUAUGAGAGGAAACUGGAGCGGGCCAACAACCUUUACAUGGAACUCAGCGCUGUCAUGCUGCAGCUGGAGCUCAAAGAAAAAGAGCUGCAGAAGAGGGAGCAGUCCUUGGAUAAGAAGUAUCCAGGUUUCUUUAAGCACCACAGCUCCAGACAGAGCAGCUCUUCAAACAGCAUGGACAAGCUCAUCAAGAAGAGAAACGUCCCACAGAAGCUUCCCUCAGGAAAGAGGCCAGACAUCCUCAAGUCUGAGGUAAUCAUUCCCAAAAUGGAUUCUUCCGUAAUGCAAGUCACUAUCCCCACCUGCGCCAGUAGAAGCUCCACUUCUCCCAGUCGGUCUCGAAGGGUAAAGACCCGUCACCGCAAGCCUGGAAAAGGCAGCAGUGGGGAUCUAGCAGGACUUAAAGCCAAUCAGUCAUCUCCCAAUAGAGAGACGGUGGCCGAGGUGAACAACUCAGCCACUGACUCCUCCAUGCAGCUCCUGGAGCCCUCUGCGGCUCUGAGGGGCUUCAGCCACGAGCAACAGCAAAGGCAGCUAUCCUCCUCCAGCCCUGACCUCAUCUGCACCGCGCUACAGUCAGGCGGCCAGGGGAAAAAAGAUCCACCUCUGGGCGGGCUGGAAAGGGGGGGCAGCCUCAGUGCCUCUGCGGGAUUAGGUGCAUCAGAGGCCGCAGUCACUGGUUUGGAUGAUCUCACAGAAACUCCCCCACGCAGCGACACUCCUAGCGAGGAUGCUGCAUCAUUCCCGUUCUCAAGCAGCCCGGACUCGCCUUGUGGGAGGGGGGCGGCAGCAGGGCGUGGUUCUCUGGGAUCACCACGCUUGCCCCAUGAGGAAGAUAAAGAGGAUGGAUCUGGCACUGUUAGGUUGCCCCGAGGGGCUUCAGGGGGAAUCGGGAGUCAGCACCUCACACCUUCAGCCAUUCUAUACAGGGCAGCUAUUACACGUAAACAGAGGCGUGGGGUGUCAUCAGAAGAGGAGGAGGGUGAAGUUGACAGUGAGGUUGAGUUACCACGAAGACGACGCCCGACCAGCAUCACAAAGUGUCAGUCGGUGUCCACCUUCAGCUCAGAGAACUUGUCGGUUUCGGAUGGCGAGGAGGGCCACACUACAGACCACUCCCACAGCGGCACCCCUGAUGUGGUCAGCACCAACACGGACGACAGGUUGGACUACCGCAGCGACGACCUCCUCUCUCAGGGCUCAGAGAUCCCGGCAGACAACACAGACCCGGCUCAGGUGUCCGAUUGCCUAUCAGAGAGAGAAGGAACGUCGGGUCACGCCAAAGCUCAGCUGCAAGUCGAGCAGAAUCCAAAUGAGGGUCGUGUCCUGUGUGAUGAUUCGGACUGUGACAGCGCUGAGCUAGACCAGCCGGGCAGUGGAGAGUCAAGCCGACCGCCAAGCGCCGACGCGUGUGUACCGCCCCUUCAAGCUUAUCAGGGGUCACCACAUCCGCCUCACACAGGACCUCCAUAAUCAACUGAUACAAAUACCUCUAGCCACCAUGACAUCAGGGCAUCAGUCGCCAGUGCAGCAUGUCACGAGGGAUCACACCUGCAGUACAACACUUCUCAGCCCAAGUUAUGAAGGCUCCCAAGUGCAGUGGUGACCAUUACUCCAAUCAAGUGACAUUGUCACAAUCAGAGUCAUUUCCUUUUUCUUUAACAGCUUGUGAAAUAAUCAGAAAAAUGUCAUUUUGCAUUCGGUACUGUUUGUAGGCAAAAUAUAGGUGCAAAGAUAUCCUUAGCCACGACACCUAAUCCUCUAAUCACACUAGCCAUUACUCUGGGAGCAUUCACAUAUACUAAUAAAUAAUAAUGUAAAUAACCAUGACCAUACCACAUGAGAAAUAUAAUAUUUUAUUUGUAAGAUAAGAAUAAAUGGUAUGCAGCCCUGUGAACAAAUGCAUGAUUAUAUGUUUUUAAAUUUAAGAUGUGAAUGUGUCUGUUUUAUAUUUUGUGAAAGUUUAUACUUUUUUUAAUCCUAAAAUAUUUAUUCAGUUAUUUAAUAAUUGUGAGCACUUAAAAAGGGGGGAGGGAGGUGUUAAUUUCACAAAGAUAAGUCAUAGUAUGUAAUUUGGGUUUCUCAGUUUUUAAAAACAUUCCUCCUGCUGACUGACACCUGCUUGAGAUUUUUACUUGGGUCAUGAGGAUUUGUGAUGCAAUGGAGACCUUUGUCAUCGUUAAGUACAAAAUCCUUAAAGUGUUGUCCUUGGUGAGUGUAAAGUAGUGCCUGCACUCACAACAGCAAGCUCCUAACAUGCACUGCACUGAACCAGGACAACUCUCAGCAGCAACACUGGUGCAGGUGCUAAUAAAUGUGAAUGUGCUUUUGUAACAAACUUAAAAAGGACUCACCAAGUAUGUUGUUCACCUUCAUAAAAUCCUCCAACCUUCCCCCUUGACCCUUUAAGAUUUCUGCAGGAGUAGCCUGGUCCAAAAUGUAGAGCACUUCUUUGUAGUUACUAGUUGAAAGGUUAAGUAUCCUUUGAAUAGAAAUGUUUUGUUUUUAUACAACAUUGCACAUUGUAGCUGUAACAUAGUAAAUAUAUCAAAAGAAAAUUAUGAGCUACAAUAAAUAAUGUAUUGCUUAAAAAAGUGUGUUCUUUGUUUAAAUUGGAGAAUAAAGUGACCAGAAUUAUGAUCUCAAAUGAAAUGAGCUUGAAAGAUAGCAACUGCUUUAAGAAUAACAAGGAAAACAAAAAGGUGUGUUUAGGCCUUUCACAAUUUUAUUUUUAUGUCUUUAAACAAUUUAAAUGCACCCAAAUCUUGUAUAGUUUAAAAACGUGCACAAAAAGUGAGUUUCUUCUUCCGGCAAAAAAUACAAAAUUAAAUCUGUCCCAGGCAAAAAAGGAUUGCAGAAAACUAGUAGUAAUUCUAGAAAUCUUGUCAUUCUAGUGUAUCAUAAUUAAUAUCUCAGCAUAAUAUACUUUAAAAGACCAAUAUGUCUUUUGUAGCCUUGCAGUGUUCCCCCAACCCAGCAAUUAAAAAAAAUAGUCUCUAUUUAAAAACAACAUUUCAAUGUUAUAAUCCUUAUUACUAUGGUCUUUUGUAAUUUCAGUGAAAAGAAAAUAUUUUCCUCUUAUUCAGACCCACACCUGGCAAGGCGACGCACCCGCCCACAUCAGAAUGCAAUACAAAACAAUAGUCAAGACUUCUGAUCAAAAAUUACAACUGAUGGAAAAACAGGAAUGACACAAUUACUCUGAUAAAAUUACCUCUGAUAAAAUGUAGUUCAAAUUCAUACGAUGAAAAAAUUGCAGUGUGGCGUAGAACUUUUUUCUGCAUUCAACUUCAACUUAGGCCAUUUAUACCCAUUUAAAACCCGUCAAAUCCACAAUGCAUCGCUCAGGAAGCACAGCUCCAAAUAUAAGCACUAGAUUCUCUUCUUACAAGGAGCUGUGUCUUAAAUAAAAAAUAAAUAGAUAUUUAAAAAAGGAAGGGAACAGUCCCUCUAUAAUUUUGAGUUAAGUUUUUUCUUCAUUUUUACAUUUUCUAAGAAAAAUCUGACAUAAGAAAAACAUUUAUGCCUUUUCAGAUUUUUCUAAAACAUGUUUUGCACUUAUCAAGAAGAUCAAACAGAUAUACAGCAGAAGAAAAAAAAGAAGUCUUUAAAAACCAUCUGUAACGGGAAUUUUAAACUCAAUAAAUAAAUAAGAUACCAUUAUCAUGAUGAAGCUGUGGUUACUACCGAGGCGUAGAACCCAAAGCAGAGGAAAGGUGAGAUUAAAAUAUUUUAGCAUGAAGUUCAAUAAGGGA